AGCGUUUCGUCUUAUCUUCUACUGCUCCAUUCCUUCAAUCAUCAGUCGCUCAGAGACACCGUCAUGGGAUCGUCGACUGCCUUUCACCUGGUCUUUGGCGCCCUGGCGGCAAAUGCACUGCCAACUGUCGACUACAACUUUCGACCAAUUAUUGGAGUCCUGUCGCAGGAGCCAUCGGAAAGUCUCCUGGACCUCCUGGAGGAUAAGAACUACACAUCCUACAUCGCUGCAUCCUACGUGAAGUACAUAGAAGGAUCGGGAGCCAGAGUGGUUCCAAUUCUCAUCGAUCAGGAUGACAGUUACUACGAGAACAUAGCGUCCUCAGUGAAUGGAAUACUAUUCCCCGGAGGAGCCGUGUCAAUAACCAAUAGCAGUGGCUACGGAGCUGCCGGGCAGAAACUGUAUGAACAUGUCAUCAGGGCAAACAUGGAGGGCAUAUACAUGCCGCUCUGGGGGACGUGUCUAGGCUUCGAAAUGAUAACUUACCUGGCGGCUGAUUUCCAGAGGUGGCUAACGCGUUGCGACGCCUCGAACAAGGCGGAUCGUCUCACGCUGCAAGAAGGGUACAUGGACUCCCGAAUUUUCGAGCAGAUGCCCGAUUACGUCAUCGACUACGUAAGGCUUCUAAACACUACUGUUAACUUCCACCGUUGGUGUAUGACACCUGAAGACUUCACGGCAUCGGGACUCUCAAAGGACUUCAAGGCCCUGGCCACCAGCUACGACUUCGACAAUCUCGAGUACGUGGCCCUUUUCGAACACAACCACCUCCCCAUCUUCGGGUCGCAGUUCCACCCCGAGAAGAACCCUUACGAGUGGGCGUCUGACGAAGGGCACUCGGCCAUCCCCCACGAUCCCUUUUCCGUGGGCGUCGCCCACUACUUCUCCAAUUUCUUCGUCAACCAAGCUCGCUACAACAAGCAAGCCUUCGCUACGAAGGAGGAGGAGCAAGAGGCUCUCAUCUACAACUACGACACCAUCUUCACCGAGGCUCUGGGGUCGUCCUUCACGGAGGCCUAUUUCUUCCGGUAAAAGGCUCCGCGGAAUGUACUUGCAGCAGCUCCCCUACCCCUCCCCGUCCCCAACAAAAGUCCCUCUAUAGGGGUGGGGGUAUGGUUUGUGAGGGAGGGGGAGCAAGCACUUUAGUACAGUUUGGUUACGCAGCACAACGUAGGCAGUGUUAAUAUUAGUGUGCACAUACUAAAUAUUAAUGUGAAG